CACGGCUCCGAGUGAGUCUGUUCUCAGCUGAAGUGCAGACCGGUGAAAAACAGUGAGCGGAUAGUUGGCUGCUGAUCUUCUACAGAUGUGAGCUUACCAACAACUGUUGCCUGAUAGUCGUUAACGCCUCGAUGGAGCUCAUCCAGUUUGCUUUGCUGCCUCAGGAAGUCCCUACAGCUACCUGGAGCAACACCUCUGCCCCCUCCUACUCUCAUUUCCUGCUCCUUUCUACUCCCUCCGAACCGCUUCACAGCUUCAACCAAGAUGACCAAGAUCUCCUUAACAGCUCCUGUCAAAAUUGCACCAAAAGUAAACCAGGAUCCCUCCCUGGCUUGGCUGGAAUCUUCAUCCCACUCAUUUAUGGCAUCGUUUGUGUCGUUGGCUUGGUGGGAAACACUCUGGUCAUCCAUGUUGUUGUCAACUACACAAAACACGAGUCAGUCACAAACAUCUACAUCCUCAAUCUAGCCAUUGCAGAUGAGCUUUUCAUGCUGGGCCUACCCUUCUUGGCGGUACAGAACGCUUUGCUCUCGUGGCCUUUCGGCUCUCUGAUGUGCCGAGUGGUUAUGACAGUGGAUGCCAUCAACCAGUUUACCAGCAUCUUUUGUCUAACUGUGAUGUCAGUGGACCGAUACCUGGCUGUGGUGCAUCCCAUCCGCUCUUCUUGGUGGCGCCGCCCCCAUGUGGCUAAGGCUAUCAGUGGCACCGUUUGGGCGGGGUCCUUUGUGGUGGUGCUGCCAGUAGUGGUGUUCGCGGACGUGCUGAAGGAUGAUGGGAACUGCAGCAUUGUGUGGCCUGAACCAGCAGAAGUGUGGAAGACAUCGUUUAUUGUCUACACGUGCACUGUUGGAUUCUUCUGCCCCCUGCUGGUCAUCUGCUUGUGCUACCUGCUGAUCGUCAUCAAGGUAAGAAGUGUUGGAAAACGGGCACAGGCCACAUCCUCCAGACGCAAGAAGUCAGAGCGUAAAAUCACCCAGAUGGUAGUUGUUGUUGUGGCGGUGUUCAUCUUCUGCUGGCUGCCGUUCUAUGUUCUCAACAUUCUCAACCUCCUUGUGGUCCUGCCUGGAGACUUCAGGGGCCUCUACUUCUUUGUUGUUGUCCUUUCAUAUGCCAACAGCUGCGCCAACCCCAUACUCUACGGAUUUCUGUCUGACAACUUCAAGAGGGGCUUCAGGAAGGCGCUGUGCCGCACGUCGCGCAGGGUGAACAGCAACGACAGAACCGGCAUCGAGGCCCAGAGGCCCACGGAGGAGUGGGGCGGCAUUGUUCUCCGACAGCAAAUAAGUGAAGGAAUCACUCACGUUCAUGGGAAAGAAAGUAGUAGAAAUGAAGAAGAGGAGGAAAUAGGUGGAAUAGAAGGUGCUAUACAGAUGAGAGAAAUCUGUAAGACAUCACAGAAUGGGAACCAGAACGGAGUAAAAGAGGACUCAAGGACACAGGUCGCACAGAGGGGUACAUGUGACCAGGGUGCAAGCUUAGAUCCUGCUGAGGGAGUGUCCUCUUUGGCCAGUAAGAGAAGUAGGUCACCUGAAGAAUUCCUGGACCAAAACUCUGUGCUUGAUAUCAGCUACCUGUAACAGAAAUUUGCCCACUUUCAGUGGAUUUGGGUACCUGCUGUAUUACAGCGUCUUUGAAGUUGGUUUUAAUACCAGUUUAUGGUAACAGCCUGGCAUCAUUAAUGCAAGUGUUUUGCCACAAAUUAAAAGGGUAACAACUCAAUCUAACAAUGAGAAACUAUAGCGGCAGGCACAAUGAAACCUGAAGGACACAACAAACACACAAAGAAGCCUGAAUGACCACUGUUUGUAAGUAUCGCUGUUAUUUUGAACCAGACUGUUACUUCUGAAACUUCUUGUGCUGAAAUGGCUAAUGCACUA